CCGCGCCAGGGCGAGCGCUGCUCCCGGCGCGGAGCUUUGCUGCGCGGAUCCCGGCGCCGGGCACAGACGCGGCCAAAAGCCCUCCCGGUCCCACCGGCGUCCGACCAGAGCCCCGUGCCGGCGGGCAGCUCACGCCAGGGCCAAAGAUGGCGCUUCCGUCCCCGAUAGGCCGCAGAGGCCCCGCGAAGCCGGCACCGCCCCUGUAGCGCCCGGCCAGGGAGGUGGCGGGAGGCGCCCCCGCCCCGCCCCGCUCCUUGCCCUUGGCAGGGCGAGCGCCCGCCGCGGCCAUGGCGGCCUUGCCCGCCGUGCCCCUCCUCAUCAACCUCGGCGGGUCGCUGCUGGGCUUCGCGGCCACGCUCACGCUGAUCCCGGCCUUCACCGACCGCUUCCUCGCUGCGCGGCUCUUCGGGGAGGACCUCAACAAGGCCUCGCGGCGGCCCGUCCCCGAAGCACAGGGCGUCAUCAGCGGUGCCGUGUUCCUGAUCAUCCUCUUCUGCUUCAUCCCCGUGCCCUUCCUGAGGUGCUUUGUGGAGGAGCAGUGCGCGGCCUUUCCUCACGACGAGUUCGUGGAGCUCAUCGGUUCGCUCCUUGCCAUCUGCUGCAUGAUUUUCCUGGGCUUUGCAGAUGACGUUUUGAACCUGCGCUGGCGCCACAAGCUGCUUCUUCCUACCAUGGCUUCCCUCCCACUGCUCAUGGUUUACUUCACCAACUUUGGGAACACGACCAUUGUGGUGCCUAAGCCCUUCCGGGUGCUGCUGGGCAUGCACUUGGACCUGGGUAUCCUCUACUAUGUGUACAUGGGCAUGCUGGCAGUGUUCUGCACCAACGCCAUCAACAUUCUCGCUGGAAUUAACGGGAUUGAAGCAGGACAGUCACUGGUGAUAGCUGCUUCCAUUAUCGUAUUCAACAUUGUAGAGUUAAAUGGGGAUUAUCGAGAUGAUCACAUCUUUUCUCUCUACUUCAUGAUUCCCUUUUUUUUUACCACGCUGGGCCUAUUUUACCACAACUGGUACCCAUCUCGAGUGUUUGUUGGGGACACCUUCUGCUACUUUGCCGGCAUGACCUUUGCUGUGGUGGGGAUCUUGGGGCACUUCAGCAAAACCAUGCUGCUUUUCUUCAUCCCCCAAGUGCUCAAUUUCCUCUACUCAUUGCCUCAACUCUUCCACAUCAUUCCUUGUCCCCGUCACCGGCUGCCAAGGCUUAACCCUACUACAGGAAAGUUGGAGAUGAGCUACUCCAAAUUCAAAACUAAGAGCCUCUCUGCCCUAGGAUCAAACAUUCUGAAGGUAGUCAAGAUCUUGCAUGUAGUAGAUGUGAGGAGUGGAAUGGAUGAAGAUGGUGAAUACACUGAAUGCAAUAAUAUGACACUUAUUAACUUUGUCAUAAAGCUGAUUGGACCCACCCAGGAGCGAAAUCUCACUCUUCUAUUGCUACUCAUUCAGGUCCUGGGCAGCACCAUUGCAUUUUCCAUCCGGUACCAACUAGUGCGUUUGUUUUAUGAUGUCUGACUGGACCGUCAGGAGUAGGGGAAAGAGUUGUACCAGCCAGUCCAUUUUCUCCAGUUGCUGAUCAAAUGAUUCAACUGAUCUUACUCCAGCCCUCUGAGAACCUCAGAACACCUGUCAAAACACAAGCAACUGCUCUAUGUGGGCUAGUCUUGAACCGUUUGGUUUGGGGUUUUUGGUGCAUCAAAAAGGCUUUUGUCCAAUUCUGUUGAUGGAAAGGGUUCACUGCUACUUGGACAUCACUGUUACUGGGAAUUACCUUUCAGAGGGAAAGCAAAUGACCCAAAUGUUUACUGACAGGGAAGUGGGAAAGAUGGAAUCUCUAUACAUCUAACAAGGAUGUUACUGUUCCUCAAGAGAGGAAACAGCAACUUUAAAUUCUGUGAGAUGCUGUAGAGCACAAUAAGUAAACCAGAUUUCGCUCCUGGCUUUUCCAAUCCUUUGGUCCAUGGACAUAGAGUGACAUGUUAUAAACCAUGCUCAAAACUCAGAACGCUCCAAGAAUAAAAUAACUCAUGGUACCCUU